UUGAGGCUAUUCAGGACUGCAAUAACUGUGGCUUCGUGUGCUGCGUCGACUGCAAAUGAGAAGCUGAUCGCAUGUUGUCAUGGAGAUCCACAAAUCGAUCCUGGAUGUGCGGCAAAGUACUGUCAGAUACCCAGUAUUGUACCGCAUAUGGUGAUUCCAUUCAUAUUGGAAUGUGCGCCUAAAGGCAAAACCGUAGGCCGUGUAUGGGAUUGUGUCUCAUCCAAGCACGAUCACACCGCGUGCUGCUUGCAGCAGGGCGUGAUUCCGCACUGCCUACCGUACUGCAAUGCCCAAGGAUCCGUGCCAACUGACAUGGUGAAGUAUGGCGUUUGUGUCAGCGAAUUCCAGAAAUUUAGAGUUUGCUUCCGUACCUACCUUAAGCAUCAUCCAUCCAUCAGAGGAGAUACCUAA